CUACGCUGGUUGAUCAUGAAAAGGGAUGGCAAACAACAACUGUGGUAGGGGCUCGGGGCUACAUCGAUCCUCAAUGUUUCGAAACAGGCAAGGUUAGUAAGGAGUCUGAUGUAUACAGCUUUGGAGUUGUUUGUUUGGAGAUAGCAUAUGGCAGAAAACCCAGAAGUUUUAGUGCCCAAGAAAAUCAUAUGACAAUUGUAGGAUGGGUAUGGGACCUGUAUGAUUCAAGAAAGAUUCUUGAAGUAGCAGACCAAAAACUAUGUGCAGGCUUUGACAAGCAAGAAAUGGAAAGGUUGCUGGUGGUUGGCCUUUGGUGCACUCACCCAGAUUACCAUCGUCGAUCGCCGAUAAGGCAAGCUACUUUAGUCCUUAAUUUUGAAUCUCCUUUGCCUAUUCUCCCAUCAAAGAUGCCACAUGUCCCAACAAGUUUUGGUCCCCCAGCAAAUAUGCCUAUAUCUUGUUCAUCUUCGUCUA